UUCAUUUCGCAUGUCAAUGUGAAGAUAUAAAUUUCCCCCAAAGCAUCGCAUAACUUCUGAUAAAUUUCAAUUUACUUUCUAAAAACAUUUUAUUGAGAAUGGAGGAAUCCAUCCGUCUCAAGCCAGCUGAAUGGAGUUCAUCCUUUUUAAGUGCUGUCCUUCCAAUCACAGACAAGAAGUUCUGCACGGGGAGCUCGUAUUCAGGAGAAUGGGACAAUUGCCAUCGCAUGCACGGUACAGGGGUCUACCGCUUCCCCAAUGGCGUUGAGUAUCAUGGACAAUUCAAAGAGGGAGUAUUCCAUGGCGACGGAUACAUUCUGUUCCCGAAUCACUAUAAAGUUCGUGCAAAAUGGGAUCAUGGCAAAUUAGGCAGUUACGAAAUAGUUUUCCCAGACGAUCUAAUAUUUGUGGAGAAGAAUUGGGCGUACUGUACGAAAGGCGAUCGACGCUAUGCUGAAUGCAUAAGACAAGGAAUACCUCCUGUCGGUGAUGGAUAUAUAACCAAAGAGAAGCCUCCAAGGGACAUACCGCCUGGCUGUUAUGAUACUGAGGAGGGGUUCUAUAAUCCGAAGACGGGUUUGUUGUAUUCAGUUGAGAAUCCGAAUUUGGCUGUGAGAGUGCCUUCGAGUGAGGAGGAUCGCUGGGCAAUCGCUAAUUGCAGAAAAGCCGAAAGGGAAACUGUGGGAUUCUAUGGAGCUUUGGAUAUUAUAAACGAUAUGACUGAACAAAAUGGGGAUGAAGAAAGUGGGUAUCAAUAUACUAAGCGAUCGGAGUAUGGGUCGUACACUGAUCAGUUGUCACAACAUAGCGAAGAUAUUUCAGUUCCUUUUUAGACUUUGUUAUUUUGCGAAGUUGUCUUGGUUAUAUGUCUUGUGAAUGAGUUGGUAUUUAUUUAAUAAUGAAGUAUUACAACAAA